UGCAGAUUUUGUGACAGGGUUCGGGAAUUACCAGUGGCGCCCCCAGGCCGCCCCUCCUCUCGGGCCGGGCCGCCUGCGCUCUUGCUCUGUGCGCAUUCCCUGUCUUUCGCGUCGGAACCGCCCCCUUUGCCGUGGCCCCGCGCGUGCGCACAGCUGGGCUCGAGGCGGGCUGUGGGUCUCUGCGGGGCGGGUCGUGAAGCUAGUGUGUCAGUCAUUCCUCGAAGUGUGCUGUUGGGCUGUAUUUUGGAGCUGGCGUCCUUCCUGGGAAUGAAGGAUGGCAGCACGCCGUGCAUUAAAAGCUGUUUUGGUAGAUCUCAGUGGCACACUUCACAUUGAAGAUGCAGCUGUGCCAGGCGCACAGGAAGCUCUUAAAAGGUUACGUGGCGCUUCUGUAAUCGUUAGGUUUGUGACCAAUACGACCAAAGAGAGCAAGCAAGACCUGUUGGAAAGGUUGAGAAAAUUGGAAUUUGAUAUUUCUGAAGAUGAAAUAUUCACAUCUCUGACUGCAGCCAGAAGUUUACUAGAGCAGAAACAAGUCAGACCCAUGCUGCUAGUUGAUGAUCGGGCACUGCCUGAUUUCAAAGGAAUACAAACAAGUGAUCCUAAUGCUGUGGUCAUGGGAUUGGCACCAGAACAUUUUCAUUAUCAAAUUCUGAAUCAAGCAUUCCGGUUACUCCUGGAUGGGGCACCUCUGAUAGCAAUCCACAAAGCCAGGUAUUACAAGAGGAAAGAUGGCUUAGCCCUGGGGCCUGGACCAUUUGUGACUGCUUUAGAGUAUGCCACAGAUACCAAAGCCACAGUUGUGGGAAAACCAGAGAAGACGUUCUUUUUGGAAGCAUUGCGGGGCACUGGCUGUGAACCUGAGGAGGCCGUCAUGAUAGGAGAUGAUUGCAGGGAUGAUGUUGGUGGGGCUCAAGAUGUCGGCAUGCUGGGCAUCUUAGUAAAGACUGGGAAAUAUCGAGCAUCAGAUGAAGAAAAAAUUAAUCCACCUCCUUACUUAACUUGUGAGAGUUUCCCUCAUGCUGUGGACCACAUUCUGCAGCACCUAUUGUGAAGCAAUGUGUGCAUCUGAAGCAACUUGAAACGCAGCUUCUUAUUGUCUGGAAUGAAUCCCUUACCAACUCAGUGCCAGCAUCGGUAGACACCAGUCAGUGCUGAUCGCUUUUUAACCCUCUUUUGUUGUGCAUUAAUUAGAAAGAAAGGUAUUGAAUUGCGGCCAGCCAGUAAGCCUUGCUAAUCUCUUUUAUUUUGUAACUGAAGAUGAGACCCAAAGAAAGGGAAAGCUGAGAUUUUGUGCCAUUCCUUUUAAAAUAUUCAUCAGGUUAGGCAGGGCUGUGGGGGAAAAGCUACCACAGGGAAGAGUGUUCUCUGCUAUCUCCUCACUGGAAAACAGGGAGGGGGGAUUUCAGACUGUGAAAAGUUGAUGGUGGUUUUUAAAUUAUAAAGUAAUGUAUUAAAAGGUGCAUUAGGCUGUAGUUCUAAUAUUGAGUUCAGCUGUGAAAUCCAUCAGAUGUGCCAAAUGGAGAAGACAGAAAGCAACAAAGUGAAUUGUCCUUUAGCCCAAGUGAUACAGUGAAUUUGCUUUAACAGAUGUUGAAAACUAAAUUUUCUACUGUAUUCCCAGCACGGGUGACUUCUUUUUCUCUUCAUUAGCCAGAGAUGACUAAUUUAAAUUUAGAACCAGAUUUUAAUUUAAAUUAAUAUUUCCAUUAAUAACCUAUUCAUUGCAGAUACCUAUUAUACUGUGUAACAGUUGUUUUGGAAAUUUUAUGUAAAAUUAAAACUAUCAGUAUUUUACAGAUGUUUUAAUUAGACAUUGUUAUUAACAGGAACAGUGCAGAAACUAGAAUCAAGCCUUAUCUUAUAGACCAUGCAUUUUUGAAGUUAGUGUCCACUAGGGUCCUAUUAACUGUACAUUUGCAAGAUUUCAUUAUUUUUGCCUCUGCCACUAUGGGAAAAAUUUUUUAGAAGCUAUUGGGACAGAUUCAAGCUUUUAUGCACUUGGUUGCUACAGCUGUAAAAUGAAAUCUCGUCUUGUAGCAUGGAUUAUUCUUCUCAUGUUAAACCCACCAAAAUGAAGAGGACUAAAUAGGUAAUGAUUUUCCUAGUGCAUUUGCAUACUGUGAUAAUCCUGGGCCUUGCAAUAGUUUUACAGGGCUCUUGAGCAUUGAAUUAUUAGGAUGUAAUUGUACAUCAUUGUAGUGUUCACCUUAUUGAAGCUCACUCUGAUGUUAAUGAGCUUCAGGUUUUGAUGCUUGUUUAGCGAUCAGCAGUCUUGGAUGGGAGGGAACAAAGCUAAAUAAAUGUUAGUUUGGUGA